CUGUCAACUUUCCACGUAUUACAUUAUCGAUCGGUUCUGAUACAAUCGUUUCAUGUUGGUAGCGCGCUCUGUCUCUGCUGAUUUUACGAUAAAUAUAGAAGGAAAAUACCGGCUAAAAUUAGACUCCGGCGACUGGGACUGAUAUUUUUUCGAAUAGUUCCCAUCGCACAGAUAAUGGUGCGACACCGAAACAAUGUCGCAGACCGUUUACGAAAUGCUCGCUUUCGAAUUGACCCCUGUGCCCCGCGCAAUUAGCGACCUAAUCGGCAUCAAAAUAAACAGCGGCGUGUGGAACGGCGCGCUGUGGAUCUUCCUCAUUUGGUCUGUUUUUCACUUGGCAUUUGACGUAUCUUUUAACAAGAUCCUGAGAAGAAAUGACUACAAACCGCAUAUUUGCUCCAGACUGACCAACAGCCUCUGGUUGCUGGUAACGUACAUCUUCUUCUUUUCCUAUUUCUUGAAGCUAGUUCUUAAAUACCAUCUAGACGUGUUCAAUUGGAAAAGCAAAUUUCUACAACCGUUUUCAAAUGCACCUGCUGACAUUUCAGUAGGAAUCCUAGUUUUAAGCAUGUUUUAUCUCCAUAUGCUGUUGUACCAGAUCACGAGAUUGGACAAAUCGGAAUCAGUAUUGAGAUAUUUUCUAAUGUUUACUAUAUACACGAUAUAUUAUUCUAGCGGAAAAAUAGAAAUGCCUUUAGUUUUAGCUGUUUUUAUUAGUGGUGCUGAGAUUCUGACUGAACUAAUAAGGGUAGUUUUCUGUCUAUUGACAGAAAUAGAUACGUGGCCUAACAAAUGUAUAAAAGGAGUGUUUCUUUUUGAUCAUCUAGUCUGGAUUGUAAUGUAUAUUAUAAUAAUUCCUUUGCGUUUGAUGCUUACUCCAAUGAAAAGACUAUGGUAUGAUUUUAAACUUUGCCAGGCUGUAGUAAUUUCGGUUUUAGUGGUUUGGUUUGUUAGUAAUUUAUACGAAUCAGUUUUAUUAAAAUGGUUUUCUCACUGGUUGGAAAAAAGCAAAGAAGAAAAGUAUUCCAUGUUCUCGGAAAACGCCAUAGAAUUUGCUCUGUUCGAUAGGCGUACUGAUUCUGCAUUUUACUAUAAAAUUUUGAGAAACGAAAUGAAAAUUAGAGAAGACGAGAUGAUGUCCAAAAGAAAACCUAAAAGCAGAAAUGUGCUUUUCCAAACAAUCAAAUGUAUGCUAGCAAUUAAAAGAAAAAAGAAUGAAAAGAAAGAUAAUGCUGAUGAACUAAAUAGCGACGAAACAAAUGAAGACGAAACGGAUGAAGAAAGUAUUGAACAAGAUAUCGAAAAUUCUUACAAUGAAGAAGAUAAUUUCCAAGAAGGAAAACUCGUGAUAAAACUACAGAAAAGUGAGAGUACCAUUGAAGACAUCCCACCUUCAGAAUGUCCAGAUACUCAGAUCUCUAUUCAGAAUGAUAUCUCUGAACUAGAUUCAGAAGAAAAACUUCUGUAAUUUGAUCUUAUUGAAGAAAAUUAUAAAAACUAUUUUUGUGAAUUUGAUUAACUAAUAAAGUUGUAUAUA